UUCUCAGAUCGUAAUCUUCCCUCCUGAGUGUCACAACUUCUCUCUCUCUCCUCGGCUCAGAUUUAUUCUUUAUUCUUCGUUUGUCACCGCAAAAUUUCCUGUUUUUAUUAUUCUGUCUUUCAACAAUUCCUAUGGACAUGCGUUUCUUACCUCCUCGACCCUAUUUAGCUGAUAAUGUAUAUCCACAGCCACGCAUGAUGAAUCCACAACAAGGUGCCGCUUGUCCUAGCAUGAUUAGCGUUGAUAGGGAUAAAAUCUAUCAGUGGAUUAUUGAACUCACUAAUCCAGACACACGAGAAAACGCCCUUCUUGAAUUAAGCAAAAAAAGGGAGGUUGUCCCAGAUCUUGCUCCAAUGCUAUGGCACUCAUUUGGAACCAUAGCUGCUCUUCUUCAAGAAAUUAUCAACAUUUAUCCUGCAAUCAAUCCUCCACAAUUAACUGCUCAUCAAUCCAACAGAGUUUGCAAUGCUUUAGCACUUCUACAAUGUGUUGCUUCUCACCCAGAAACAAGAUCAGCAUUUUUACAAGCUCACAUCCCACUGUUUCUUUAUCCAUUUCUUCACACUGUCAGUAAAACACGUCCAUUUGAGUAUCUCCGUUUAACAAGUCUUGGUGUUAUAGGGGCUCUUGUUAAGCCUGAUGAACAAGAAGUAAUUACAUUUCUUCUUACAACUGAAAUAAUCCCUCUCUGCUUGCGAAUAAUGGAGUCAGGAAGCGAAUUAUCUAAGACUGUUGCUACUUUCAUACUACAAAAAAUUCUCCUAGAUGAAACGGGUUUGUCUUAUAUUUGUCAAACAUACGAAAGGUUCUCACACGUUGCCAUGAUCUUGGGUAAGAUGGUCCUUCAUUUAUCAAAAGAUCCUUCUGCAAGGCUGCUCAAGCAUGUUGUUCGCUGUUAUCUACGACUUUCUGACAAUCCACGAGCCAGAGAAGCCCUUAGACAGUGUCUUCCAGAUCAACUUAAAGACUCCACAUUUGCAAACAUCCUCAGUACUGAUGCACAUACCAAGCGCUGGUUAAUGAAUCUCCAGUCUAACCUCGAAACUGCCAGCGUCCCAGACCCACGUGGGAUGCCCUUGCAUACCCAAUGACUAUUACCGAACAGUGAGAUUAUUUCCACACCUAGUCAACACGAGAACUUCGGCUGAAUUGACUCUUAAAGCCCUAUUAUUCAUUAAUCAUCUCCGUUUCAUUGAUUGCCAUUAGUGCAUACAUCAAUAAAGACUUGUAUGCAUGCUUUUUCAAAAUCC